AAUAUUUAGGGUAUCCGAAAUUCACGGGAAAAGGAGUCGUGAAUCGUGAUAGGACCCACCAAACGCUCCCCACAGCAACCAGAAAAAUGAAAAAUCACAAAUGCGGAGACGCUGCUGACCUCUUCUCCUUUCCCACCAUUUAUUGAGGAACGCAAAUCCCAACUCAGAUGACUUGAAAUCUCUCUCUCUCUCUCUCUCUCUCUCUCUCUCUCUCUCUCUCUCUCCCCAGUUCCAGCUCUCAUACCCUGCAUACAACUCUCUCCCUCUCCUGAAAGGAAAAGAUUCUAAUGUCGUGGUUUAGAUCUGCGGUGAACAGGGCCGUCGAGGCCAGCGGCAAGAACAACCUCACCCGCACAGUUCGGAACUAUGCCGACACGGUUGGCCAAGCCGUUGCUGAGGGCGCCAAGAUCAUACAUGACCGCAUGGGUGCUCGAAAUUUUAAGAGCUUUAAGCAUACUGUGAAACGAUUGGAAGAAGUUGCUGUUUCUUGUAGGGGACUAGAAAGAAUCCUAUUAUUGAGAAGAUGGUUGGUUGCCUUGAAAGAAAUUGAACGAGCAUCCGAAGAUUCUGUGGAUGAAAAGGAUAAAAUCGAGGAACAAACUCAUGCUUCUGAUGAAUCCAGCUUAACUCCAAAGAAAGCUUCUUUAGUUUUAUUUUAUGAUUCUGAUUUGGGCGGGGAACCCAUGAACUUCCGACAUGUGUUUCUUCACAGUGAAGCUCUUGAAGGAAUAACCUUGUCUAUGAUUCUUGAAGCGCCAAAUGAGGAGGAAGUCUCUCUACUGCUGGAGCUAUUCGGGCUUUGUUUGACAGGUGGAAAGGAGGUUCAUAAUGCUAUCGUGAGCAGUAUACAGGACUUGGCAAAAGCAUUCUCAACCUAUGAAGAUGAAGUAUUGGUAAAGCGGGAAGAAUUGCUCCAGUAUGCACAGGGUGCUAUUACAGGGUUAAAAUUAAGUGCCGAUGUUUCAAGAAUAGACGCUGAAGCCUCAGCUUUGCAGCAAAAACUUAAUGAGAUGAAAGUAUCACGAAUGUCUUCUAGUGAAAGCGAAGAUAAAAAGUAUGAGAAAACAACUCUUGCAGUACUAGAGGACCUAAAGGAAGCACUCGCAGAAGUUCGACUAUGUUCCAGAUUGGAAGUACUCAUACUAAAGAAGAAAUACCUAAACCACGGAGACUCACCUGAGAUCCAUUCUGAAAAGAUUGAUAAGUUGAAGAUCUUAGCAGAAUCUCUUGCUAGCUCCACCUUGAAGGCAGAAAAGCGGAUUUCAGAUCACAGGCAUCAAAAAGAAGAGGCACUUAAUUUUCGUGUGGCUAAGGCAAAUGAAGUCAGAGAAGUUGAGAAGGUAUGCUGCCAUUUCUGCAGCUAUGCUUGUAUAUUUACUCCAGUGUUUCAGAAAUGUUUGGAACCAGAUAAAAAGACACCAUCUUAUCGAUUUAGCUUGGAAUUGGCAGCUGAGAUUGCAGUACUCGAGAAGCAAAGAGAUGAGCUUGAGGCUGAAUUGAAAAAGGUCAAAGCCUCCCUUACAUCUGCUCUUGCACGCCUUCGCAAUACCAGGGAGGAGAUAGAGCAGUUUGAUGAAGCAAGCAAUCAAAUUGUUCUACAUUUGAAAGCAAAGGAAGAUGAUCUUUCAAGGUCCGUAGCUUCAUGUAAGGUAGAAGCAGAGGUUGCCCAUACAUGGAUUAAUUUCUUGGAAGAUACGUGGGUUCUCCAAUCCUCAUAUACAGAACAUAAGGAGAAGCAGACCAAUGAGGAAUUGGAGAAAUAUGGAAAUUACUUUGCGAACUUGAUCAUCCAUAACCUUUCCAUGUAUAAGGAAGAGCUGGGGCCUUCUAUCAGUCGUAUCAGGAAAUCUGUGGAUAACUUGAAAAGCUUCAAUGAAAGAUCAGAGAUGGCAUCUGGUCUUGAUGGUGAAAUUUCAGAACAACAGAGAAACCUUGAAGAAGAGUAUCUAGAAUCUGAAGCAAAGAUUAUAACUACCUUCAGUGUGGUGGACCAUAUGAAAGAGCAGUUUUAUGCUCAACAUGGAAACAAUUCAAGGCAAGAAGACCCCAAGGUCAAAGCACUGUUCGAUGAUAUCGAGAAUAUAAAGGUAGAGUUUGAAUCAGUGGAAAGACCAACACUAGCAAUUGAGACUCCAACCCUAAGGGUAGAGACGCCAUCUGGGGAGAGGCUACAAAAGAAUCCAUCUCCUGCUACACUGACCACCAAGACAGCACCAUCGGAGAAGAAAACUUCUCCAAAUUCAGCGCCAUCUCAAAUGGAAGUGUCUCUAGAGUCAGUGCCAUCAGAAAAGCAAAAGUCUCCGCCGAAGUCCGGGCCAGCUGCAGGAGACCAUUUCUUAGACCCUGAAGUGGAAUUGGCAAAGCUGGAGUCCGAAUUCGGGCAGGUGAGCAAAGAUUAUUCGGCAGAGGAGAUUGGAGGGUGGGAGUUUGAUGAGCUCGAAGAGGAACUGAAAACCAGCAGUUCUGCAGGUGUCAAAUAGACCAAAUUUGCCCAUUUGAGGCAAGAAGUCUCCCAUCUUCUAAUAACGGCUAGAAAACAUUUGUACACUGCAAAUUUAAAGUGCAUGUAACCGUCAACCAUUGACGGGAACUCUAUUAAACCGAACUGCGGUUGAUGGAAGGUUUCCUCUUGAAGAAAUCAAUUGGGUGUAAAUCUCUUGAACCUGCAAUGUAAUUAUAAGGAUGAUUUCAGACACGAUAUUCCAUUUUGUUCUUCUGCAUUUUUCUUUCA